CCUUCCCCUUCGGCUUACCAUUUCCUCUCUGUCUUCUUUCUCAGAGCUUUAGCCCUAAAACUCUAAGCUCCCGGAUUUCUGCUCUCAUUUCCGGCGAAUUUUCAUCAGCUUUCCGUUUCUUUUCCUUCUUUCACUAUGAGAACUGCGCCGCAAUUCUACGCCGGCUGCGCUGAUUACCUUAUCCCCGAGCCUCAUUUCCUUGAUUCAUGUUCUCUUUGCCGGAAACCGCUCGGACGCAAUUCCGAUAUCUUCAUGUACAGAGGAAACACUCCGUUUUGUAGCAAAGAGUGCCGGCAAGAACAGAUUGAUGUCGAUGAGGCAAAGGAGAAAAACUGGAGACGUUCUUCUUCUUCUUCUUCUUCUUCUUCUGCUAGCACUCAAAACCACAGAAAGCAAGAAACUAGCAAGAAAACUGUUCGAUCCGGCACCGUUGCGGUGGCCUGAGAUCUUCUAUCCGAAUCAGAACAAAUUCAAGAAAACUGUUCGAUCCGGCACCGUUGCGGUGGCCUGAGAUCUUCUAUCCGAAUCAGAACAAAUUUUCUUCUACAGAGAAACAUCUUUCCCAAUUUGGAAAACGAAAAUUGUGAGGUUGAGUGGAGGCUGAGAAUGAAUUCUCAUUGCCAGCUUCAGGACCCGAUUUUCAGAGAACCAAAAGAAAAAAAAAA